CUUUCAAAAAAAAACUUCAAGACCAGAAGAAAGGUUCUUUCUGCUCUGGCGCAGCUAACCAGUACAGAAGAAAGCAUUUCGUUUUAAUGGCAGGCGUCGGGCCGCAGGCUACCAGCGCUCCGUCCGCUUCCUCCUCGGGUCCGGCAUCCUCUUCGUUAGGCCUCCCUCCACCUCCGCCUCCGCAGAAGAUUCUGCUCGCGAAACCAGCAUCCGGAGCCGCUUCCUCCAGAAUAGGUCGAGACGACGAUCCCUCCGCUGUGGUCAUCCGUUCUCGCAACGCUGCACAGCCGGGAUCGCUCAGCCUCAUUUCCGAGUCCUGGGACGUCCACAUUGACCGGAUUCUCCCAUUUCUUACCGAGAAUACUGAUUUCACCGUCGUUGGCAUUAUUGGUCCUCCUGGCGUAGGCAAGUCGACAAUCAUGAAUGAAUUGUAUGGCUUUGAUGGAAACUCCCCAGGAAUGUUGCCUCCUUUUACAACACAAUCUGAUGAAAUUAGAGCGAUGUCGAAGCACUGUACCACCGGUGUUGAAUUAAGGGUUUCUUCUGAAAGAUAUAUACUACUGGAUGCACAGCCAAUAUUCAGCCCCUCUGUUUUGGUUGAUAUGAUGAGACCUGAUGGAACUUCUGCAAUUUCUGUGCUAAAUGGGGAGUCUCUAUCAGCUGAUCUAGCUCAUGAGUUAAUGGGAAUACAGCUUGGUGUUUUCCUGGCUUCCAUAUGCAACAUAUUGUUAGUUGUAUCAGAAGGAAUUCAUGACUUCAGCAUGUGGCAGCAUAUGCUUACGGUGGACUUGCUAAAGCAUAAUAUACCAGAUCCCUCCACUCUUACAUCUGGUCAACCCCAGGGUUCUACUUCUGUAGAGGACAAAGAGAAUAAUAGCAAAUAUGGAGCUCCAAAUAACGAGUAUCUAGCAACUCUUGUGUUCAUUCAUACCAAAUUGCGGGACCUAGAGCCUUCUCCUUCAAACAUUAUGCUGUUGAGGAAGGCUCUUUUGAAGUAUUUCGGCUCAUCAGCAUUCAAUAUAAACAAGUCAAGGGAAUUGAAAAAGGAGCAAAUUGAUUCUUCUCCUUCUCUAGCUAACAAGUCUAACGAGUCAGAUUUCAUAGGUGCAGACUUAAUUUUCCUUCCUCUGAAACUUCAAGAUGACUUACAGAAACCUCAAUAUGAGAGUUACAAUUGCAUGAUAGGAAAGCUUUGUGAUCAGAUAUUAUCAAUGGAACCCCAUUCAUUUGCAAAGCCUGUGACAGAACGUGAUUGGUUGAGGAACUCUGCUAAGAUUUGGGGCAUGUUGAAGAAAUCUCCUGUGAUCACUGAGUACUGUAAGACCCUUCAAGAUUCUGGAUUGUUUAGGAAGUAAAAUAUGAAUAACGGAUGUCCUUUCUGAUGAUCCUCGGUUGAUAUUGGCGUUUCGAAGAGUUUCUCUAUGGAUUACUUGGAUUAGAAGUUUGACGAAACAAAUUGAAAAAAAAAAUGGUAACCUCCAUUGCCAUUGAUGUUUUCUUGAGUUUCAGUUUAGGGUUAAUGUGGUCUAAAUCAAAGCUGCAUAACCAUCUCUCUUGCUUGAUUUAUGAUUAGGUUAAUUUAGCAUAAAAUACGCAAUGUUUGAUAGGGAAUUUCUAUAUGUUUCUACAUCUGUAUCGCGAUAGCUUCAUUACUAUAUUCACAGUUAGACCUAAUUCAUACCCUUAUAAGGUUAUAUAAUUUGUUUAUUUAUUUAUUUUUA